UGGGCCAAUGGGCGGCGCGGAGUGGGCUCAGCAUGGCGGCCGCGGCGCUGCGCGGGGCCCGGGGCUUGGCCCGGGGCUGGGGGCCGGGGGCCCGCUGGGGACAGAGAUGCCACGUGGCCGCCGGGGGGCAGGACGGGGAGGGGCAGAAGGCUCAGCGGGCAGCUGAGGCCAGCGAGGAACCAGGCCAGCGGCCCCCGACCAUCUUCAGCAAGAUCGUCGACCGCACCGCGCGGGCCGACAUCCUCUACGAAGACGACAAGUGCCUCGCCUUCCGGGAUGUGGCCCCGCAGGCCCCUGUGCAUUUCCUGGUGAUCCCCAAGCGUCCCAUCCCAAGGCUGAGCCGUACGGCAGCGGGGGAUACAGAGCUCCUGGGGCACCUGCUGGUGGUGGCCAGUCAGAUGGCGAAGGUGGAGGGGCUGGAGGAUGGCUACCGAGUGGUGAUCAACGACGGGAAGCAGGGGGCUCAGUCCGUCUACCACCUGCACUUGCACGUGCUGGGCGGGCGUCAGAUGGGCUGGCCCCCGGGCUGAGCUGAAGCUGGAGUGGCGGGAGCAGUGGAUGCAGCGCCAGCCCUGCUGGGCAAACCUGCUCCUCAAUUAAAGCACUGUGAGAGGG